CGAAUUUGCUAAAAUUUUAUAAGAAAUGGCACAUAUUCAUAGCCAAAAUAAGAUCAAAAAUUAUUUAAUUAAAUCCAGAAAAUGUUUGAAAAAUUUUUAUAAUUUGGGAAAUUUCGUGAUAUAAAUUUUGGGGAUUGCAACUUUUAUUUUUUUUUCUUGAUUUUCUUCAGUGAACCUUUUUCAAUCAAAUGUUUUCAAUAUUAAAAGUUGUUUUUAAAUAAAUUUCCAAUUAUUACAAUUAAUCAAUAUAAUCAAAAAAUUUCUAGGGAAUAAAAGAAAAUAUUUAGUUAAAAAACACAUUUUUAUUGUAAUAAAAUAAAUUAGAAUCAGAGAAAAAUAAAAAAAGGAACAUUUUUUCUUUUUUUUUGUUUUUGUUUUCUUGCUUGGUGUGUUAUUGCUCCUACAAUAUAAUAAAAUUUCUUCAGCACUUUAAACACAAUCAACAAUGAAUAUGGCUCAUGAAGAUAUUAUGUGUGAAGUUGAAAUAUCAGAUUCAUCAAUUGUUGAAGUUGUUGAUACAGAACAUUUUACUGAUAUUUCAUAUGAACAAUAUGAAAUAGAUGUUGCAAAUGAUCAAUAUGAGGAAGUCACUUGUGAAACAGAGAAUUCAACUGGUUUAAUGAUGCAAAAUGUUGAUGAUGGUCUUUUUAUAUCGGAAGAAGUAAUUUUACAAACUGAUGCUGGUAUUCAACCUCAAGAUGAAAUUUUAGGUGAAAGUCAGCUAUAUCAUAUAGAUAGUGGUAAUAUUGCAGAUUUUCCGAAUGAAAUUUUAGUUGAAUCUACCCCAGGACCAUCUAGGAAGCGUAAAAUUAUUAAUACAAAAAGUAAAAAUAAAAUGUUAGAUAGUAACUGUCAAGAUAAUGACGAUUUUAAAAAGGAAAUUUUAAUAAAUAAUAAUUUAAAAUCACAACAUAAUAACGAGUCAUCAUCAUUAUCUCUGGAAGAACUUUCAGGAGGUGAAAUAACAAUUGGUGGUAGUAGAAUAUCUAUAAAUGAUAUACAUAUAACUGGUACCAUACAACCUUUAUCACCAGCUAUAUUACGUCAGCAGCAACAACAACAACAUCAAAAUCAACAGCAGCAACAACAACAACGAAAUCAUAAGAGCCUGCAACAGCAACAACAACCACAGAAUAUAAAUAAUUUUCAAGGGAAAAUAAUUGAUAAUCCAAAAAGUUUACCAAUACUAGCAACAUCAACAUCAUUAUCAACGUCUGUUAAACCAAGAAAAUGGGAACAAAAACAAGUUCAAAUAAAAACAAUGGAAGGUGAAUUUAGUGUAACAAUGUGGGCAUCUGGGGUAUCAGAUGAUGAAGGAUCAAAUCCGGAACCAGAUCCAGAUUAUACUGAAUAUAUGACUGGUAAAAAAACACCAAAUCAUAAUAUUGAUUGUAUACCAGGCUUAGAUUUGUCUGAUCCAAAACAAUUAGCUGAAUUUGCAAGACCUGGCCAUAAAUUAAAGAAUAAAAAAAAUUCGAAUGGAAAUGAUUCACAUGACAGAACAAUUGCGUGUCCUCAUAAAGGUUGUAGUAAAAUGUUCCGUGAUAAUUCAGCUAUGAGAAAGCAUUUGCAUACACAUGGACCAAGGGUGCAUGUAUGUGCCGAGUGUGGAAAAGCAUUUGUAGAAAGUUCUAAAUUAAAGCGACAUCAGUUAGUUCAUACCGGUGAAAAACCUUUUCAAUGUACAUUUGAGGGAUGUGGAAAAAGAUUCUCGCUUGAUUUUAAUUUAAGAACACACGUUCGAAUACAUACUGGUGAUAGGCCAUAUGUUUGCCCGUUUGAUGGCUGUAAUAAGAAAUUUGCGCAGUCAACAAAUUUAAAAUCUCACAUUCUAACGCAUGCGAAAGCAAAACGUAAUUCUUCAAAUAAUAGAAAUUCAAUAUCAAAUACAGAAUCAAAUAUUACUGGUAACUUGAACAAAAUUACGGGAGGUAUGGGUGUUGAUUUGGAUGAUCGUCCUUAUUCACCAUAUAUUGUGUACACAGAUUGAGUUAUAGAAAUUUGUAAUUUCAUUAAUAUUAAAAAUAGAAAUAGUAAAAGAAAAAAGGCGAGAAAAAAUUAAAUGUAUAUAUAUAUAUAUAUAUAUACGAUAUAUAUAUAUAUAUAUUUACAUAGAAUAAUCAUUUUGAUUAUAAAAACAAAUGUAUGAAAAUUGAGGAGAAAUUAGCUAAAUAUAAAUUAAUAUCUUAUCUUCAAAAUUGCAGUAAGAUGGGUAUUAAAUACACAAUUCAUUUUAUGAAGAUUGUGAAUUUCAAUUGUAAUUUUCAACUGCAAUAUUCAAGUCAAGUACUAUGCAAAAUAGUAAUGUUAAAAUUGAAAUGAAAAAAAGAGAAAUUAAUAUUAUUGUUAUAAUUGCAUUUUCUCAAUUACAAGUUCAUUUAUAUAAUUUAUAAUAAUGCAAUAUUUUAUUCUUAAAGUUGGUAAUUUUGCCUAACUAAGACAAGGCUCCAAUGGUCGUUUGUCUUUCUUUUGUUACCAGAACAUACCAUGUUCUGUUAUUCGCAUCACAUGACGUGAUGGGUUGUUGUUCAAAAAUUUUAUAAUUUUCUGAAUAAAAUCAUUUCUAAAAUUUGAAAAUAUAUACUGAAAAAAACUCUUCAAUAAUACCUUAUCACCUUAAGUGAUGCGACUAACUGAAUAUGGAUGAUAAUUUUUAGAUUUGCAAAUAUCAAUAUUAUGCUUUUUAAAAGCUAAGUGAGAUAUUUAAAAAAAAGGCCAUUGUAUCUAUACAUUACCUAUGCUAUAUAUAUAUAUACGCAUAUAUAUAUAUUUAUAUACAUAUGUUCGUUUAUAUAUAUACGCAUAUAUGUAUAUAAAAAUAUUAAAACUUUCAGGAAAAUAUUAUCGUACUUUUUAUAAAAAAAAAUAUUUUUCUAAAUUUAAAUAAAAUUGAAUUUAAUUAUAUAUAAAGCACUUUGUAAAUUUGAAAUUUGAAAAAAAACAAAUUCACACUUUGAUUCUUUGGUUUUUAAUUUGAAAUUAAUUUUUAAGUUCAUAAAAAUAAGGAUUACAUAUAAAAGUGGAUACAAUUAAGCUCUUCCUUGACUUAGAAAUUGCAAUAAUACCGUAUUAAUACACAAUUCAGGAAUUUCAAAUCCAUAAGCCGAAUUUUGUAUCAAUAACGUAAUUGCUGCAAUCUUGAAGUCAGGGUCUUUUUUAUAUAUUACAAUUCCUAAUUCCGGAAAAUGGUUAUAUAAAUACAAAGUUCAUGUGUAUUUUAAAGUCCAUAUUGUAUUAAAUGUGAAUAUAUAGAUAAUAUGUGUAUUAAAUAGGAGUAUUUAAUUAAAUUAUAUGUACAUGUAUAUAUAAAAUUUUUUAAAAAAAUUUGUUGAGAUUUAUAUUUCUCAAAAUAAAAAAUGAUAUCUAUUAAACAAAAAAAAACAUAAGAGGAAAACACAAAAACUAUAAAAAGAAAACCGAAAAAUAAUUAUAUUAAUAAUAAUGUGCGACUGUGUAUAAAACUUUAAAAAAUUACAAAAAAUCUAUAUAUAUAUAUAUAUAUAUAUAUAUAUAUAUAUAUAUAUAUAAAUAUAAAUAUAACUGUACAUAAUAAGAUAAUUGAAUUGUCAAAAAAAAAAAAACA